GGUAGCUCUACUACGCGCAACGGUGGUCCGCUUGCUUGUUUUGCACCAGUUUAUCAUAGCUUGCUGUGUCAGUGAGUUGGACGCAUGUCAGUCACGUCAAAUUGAAAGUGUCAAAAUAUACAGCGUUGUGCUUGCCGUUGACGGGCGGUUUCGAGUUUGUGCGCGCCCGUUGAAAGAACUUUUGUGCGAUUUUUUUUGAGUUAUUUGAAUAAAUAUGAACGGGAAUAUGUUUGAAAGUGAUGAAGAAUGUGCAAAAAGAGUGUUAAUACCGCCAGAACUUCACGGUACCAGAAUCAAGCAAGAAGCCGAUUUUUCAACUUCACCUCUUCUUACACCCCCUCACACCCCUACAUACACUCAGCAUUCACCUCCCCAGUUCUGCUCAGAACCCCUUCAGAACCACAACAACAACUGGUACCAAACAGCCAUAGACAAAAUGGCGGAAAGAUCUUACUAUCCAGGACCCAGGAUGCAACCCAUUCCUGGCAGUCUUCCACCCACCGUACCAGGAACUUUGGUACCCUUUCAUCCGACCUACACCCCUGCCAUCAUGAGCCAUUGGCUGAGGAACGCGGCAGCUAUGUACCAUCCGUCUAGGUACCCGAUUUCUGAUUAUAGGAGAGUACCUGUUAGGCCAAACGCACUGUUUCCUUCGAGUCCCAAGAUGGGAGGGAAUGCCAGACCUAAGAAGCAGUUUAUUUGCAAGUACUGUAACAGGCAGUUUACUAAAAGCUAUAAUUUGUUGAUACACGAAAGAACUCACACGGAUGAGAGACCUUACAGUUGUGACAUUUGUGGGAAAGCUUUCAGGAGGCAGGAUCAUUUGAGAGAUCACAGAUACAUCCAUUCAAAAGAAAAACCCUUCAAAUGCACAGAAUGUGGAAAAGGCUUCUGCCAAUCCAGAACACUAGCAGUCCACAAGAUCCUUCACAUGGAAGAGUCACCUCACAAGUGUUCCGUUUGCUCCAAGGCGUUCAAUCAGCGUUCCAACCUCAAAACACACUUCCUGGUUCACACAGAGAGGCCUCUGGAGUGUUCCAGGUGUCAGAAAUUCUUCGUAUCCUUCCAUGAGUUAAAUAACCACGAAAUCUACCAAUGUGGUGUGAAGAAGGAUGAAAUCAGAAGAGAGGAGGCUCAUACGACUGUGGAAAUGGAGAAGAACAUCAGCUUGUUGGAUUUGUCGAAGAAAGAAGAUAAGGAGCCUUGCAAAAAUAGUUCAGAGAAACCUAAAAAAUUAGGGUUCACGAUAGAAGACAUCAUGAAAAGAUAACUUGGUUGCCGAAUUUGUUUUUAUGUUAAAUUAUUAUUAUAUAGAUACCAAAGAGUGUUUAUACGUAUCGAUGUUAGAGUCAUUCUUACUACCUCCAUACUAAUGUCAAAAAUGAUAUAGUUACCUUUGAAAUUUUAGUUUUUAUAUACCUAUAACUUUUAUUAAUCCAAAAAUUGUAGCAUAACAGUAUUCCGUAUUGUCUAUGCCUUAUCGGCCCAAAAAUUCUGUUUUUUUUGCCACUGGAAAGAAUUUGUGGAAAGGAAUCCAUCUUUUUUUUUGCUUUUUACUAGCAAAAGAAAUUUGUCUAAUCGACAAAAAAAGCUUGGAGCUUCAGGAGAAAAACACAAAGAAACAACAGUUUCAAGAUAUCUACUAUUCAAAAACAAUUUAUUUUUUAGCAGAUCUAUUAUAGACAGUUGGCGAUCUGUUAAAAUUAGUGUUUAGAUAUUUAUAUAGUUUUUUCUUUUUUUCUUGUUUUUAUUUCUGA